UGUCCCUCACUUGCCUCCCUGCAGGGUUUGGAAGCCGAGGAGCUGGUGGGUGGGCCCGGCGCCCCCACAGCCCAGGAGCCAUGGACUGGAAGACCCUGCAGUCGCUCCUGAGCGGAGUCAACAAGUACUCCACGGCUUUCAGCCGUAUCUGGCUCUCGGUGGUCUUCGUCUUCCGUGUGCUGGUGUACGUGGUGGCGGCGGAGCGCGUGUGGGGGGAUGAGCAGAAGGACUUUGACUGUAACACGCGCCAGCCGGGCUGCACCAACGUCUGCUACGACCACUUCUUCCCCAUCUCCAACAUCCGCCUGUGGGCUCUGCAGCUCAUCUUCGUCACCUGCCCCUCGCUGCUGGUCAUCAUGCACGUAGCCUACCGGGAGGAGCGGGAGCGGCGACACCGAGAGAAGCACGGGGACAAAUGUGCCCGGCUCUAUGACAAUGCUGGCAAGAAGCAUGGCGGUCUCUGGUGGACCUACCUGUUAAGCCUCUUCUUCAAGUUCAGCGUGGAAAUCAUCUUCCUCUACAUUCUGCAUACGCUGUGGUACGGCUUUUCCUUCCCCCGCCUGGUGCAAUGUGCCGGAGUGAGCCCCUGCCCCAACACCGUGGACUGCUACAUCGCCAGGCCCACGGAGAAGAAGGUCUUCACUUACUUCAUGGUGGGGGCCUCGGCCAUCUGCAUCAUCCUAACCAUCUGUGAGAUCUGUUACCUUAUCUGUCAGAGGAUAUCUAGAACCGUGGGCAAAGUCAAGGGCAAGGGAGCUGCUCUGCACUCCCCCUCCUCCAGCAGGGCAUCCACCUGCCGCUGCCACCACGUGCUGCCAUCUCAUGGGGGCGAGGAGGGCAUAAGCCUCGGCAAGGGGGCAGAGGCACUUCGGGCAUCUGCCCCUAACCUGACUCUCAUCUGACCAGGCAAGGAGCCUGGGACUGCCUGGGUUGGCUGGAUUGUGCUGAGCAGGGCAAGAUCAACCCAUCUUCAUGACUCCCAUGGCUCUUAUUCCUCUGGCCCCAGGGGCUGGGAGAGUCAACAUGAGAGAAUGAGGGUGGAGGACAGGGCUUGGGAACAUUCACAGAGCAGAGGGUCCUGAGGAAGUGGAUCGUCUUUGGGAGAUAGCCCUCCUCUGGAGGCCUCAGCAAAGAUCAGUGGAGGGAGAGAGGGUUGGUGGCUAGAGAGGGGAAGGUGGCUAUUGUAUCUAGUAGCUUUACCCAGUUCUAUCCCUAACCCCAUACCUUACAACUAGGGGCUGGGACAGGGGCAGAUUAAGAGAGGCUACAGAACCAGAUCAGAGUAAUCCUCUACUUUCCAUAACCAGGGCUAAGUUCUAUGGGUGGUGCUCAGGGGGCCUGGCUGUCUGUCCUGUGGCUCCCCCAAGGAGCCAGCAGGGAGACGUUUGCAAAGCUGGGCCCUUCUCCCAAACCACAGGUCACAGGACCAUCAUCUAAGAGCUCAAAGUAGCCCACAAGGUUGCAGGUAAUGUCAGCAGGCCACAAAGACUGAAGUGAGAUUAGGCAAACCAGACUAAAGACAUCCAGUAAGGACACUUUGCCAGUAUCCAGGGGCUCAGGCUAUAGCCGCUCCCUCCAAGUCCAAUCUGGUUCACUUUCACCCUUGCCCUCCAGAAAAAUCCCUCCCUCCAUGUUGAAGAGACAUGCUUCCUUUCCCCUGCCCCCAGCCUCUGGAAGAAAUCUCUAAGCUCAGGGCUAUUGAAGGUUUUGUUCCCAGGCCCAACAAUUGAGUCCCCAUUCUGAAGCCUGGGGGCAGACUUACUAGGAAUGCAGGUUUAAGGAAUUUACUCACCCUUGCAUCUGCCCUGAACCAAGGUUGAAGGCCUGAAGCCCACUGGAUAUCAAUAGGUGAGAACGGAAAGAAGGAGAUGAUCCCCUCCUGGAAUUCAAUAAAUGUUGGGGGUUUUUUCUAUAAUCAUAAGGUCACAGGGCUCCUCCAAUCCUCGCGGGCAGGGAGACCUUGUAAAUGUUGAGGAGGAGGGAUGAGGAUGUAGGAAUGGGGUACA